UCCCUCGUCCAAAAGAAAAAAAGUCAAGCGGUGGGAGAAAAAACUUUCAGAUCGUAACCAUUCAUUUAAUUAUAAUCGACGGUUUAAAAAUCUUCGAUCCGCGUAGUCUCUUCUUAUUGGUCAAUAACUUAAUUCUCCAACAUAUAUAAACAAACAUCAACUUUCUUCUUCUUGAUAAUAAUAAUUCGUCAAGAAAAUUUUCGAUUUUUGCGGUAAAACAGCUCUUUUGGUGGUUGUUGUUGAAAAAUGGCUGGUCGUGGAAAAACUCUUGGAUCCGGUGCGGCGAAGAAAGCCACAUCUCGGAGUAGCAAAGCUGGUCUUCAAUUUCCGGUUGGUCGUAUCGCUCGAUUCUUGAAAGCCGGUAAAUACGCCGAACGUGUUGGUGCUGGUGCUCCGGUCUAUCUCGCCGCCGUUCUUGAGUAUUUGGCCGCCGAGGUUCUUGAAUUAGCUGGGAAUGCAGCAAGAGACAACAAGAAGACACGUAUUGUUCCUCGCCAUAUUCAGCUCGCGGUUAGAAACGAUGAGGAGCUAAGCAAGCUUCUUGGAGAUGUGACGAUUGCUAACGGUGGAGUGAUGCCUAACAUCCACAAUCUCCUUCUCCCUAAGAAGGCUGGUGCUUCAAAGCCACAGGAAGAUUAGGUCUUUAACACAAUGAUAUAGAACACGUCUCUCCUCUGGCUUUAGAUCUAAUAACCUAAUAACUAGCUAUAUAGAUGGUCACUUUUUUUAUCUUUGCUUUUUAAUUCCUUUAGGGAUUUGUUUCUUUCUGUUUCAGUUUGAACAUGUUGUUUCAGUUUGUGUGAAUAUAUGAAAGUAUUUUGCAUAAUCAGAAUGGUAAUCUCUUUCAAAGA